AUGAGUGAGAAUCCGUUUGAAUCGACAUUACCUAUUGCUCGUGCCAGCUCUCCGUCGGUCAAGUUUUCUCAGAAAUCAAUUGAUGAAACAGUAUCGGAGUUACAAACCAAUGCCAUUACAGGUUUAAGUAAUAAUCAAGAUAUAUUGAAUCGAAGGUCAUUACAUGGUAUUAAUGAAUUAUCUAAUGAUGAAGAAGAAAGUAUCAUAUUGAAGUUUUUAUCUAAAUUUUAUGAAGAUCCAUUGAUUUUAUUAUUGAUUGGAUCAGCCGUCAUAAGUUUUUGGAUGGGAAAUGUAGAUGAUGCCGUAUCAAUUACUUUGGCCAUCACUAUAGUGGUGACUGUUGGGUUUGUUCAAGAAUAUAGAUCAGAAAAAUCAUUAGAAGCUUUAAAUAAAUUGGUUCCUGCUGAAGCUAAAUUAACUAGAAAUGGAAGCACGUCAACCGUACUCGCAUCAACAUUGGUUCCAGGUGAUUUGGUUCAUUUUACUCAAGGUGAUAGAAUCCCAGCUGAUAUAAGAUUAACAGAAGCUGUUCAUUUAACCAUUGAUGAAAGUAAUUUAACCGGAGAGAAUAGACCCGUUAAAAAGACAACUGAUUCACUUACUAGUGAAUUUAAAGAAGUACCCCGUGUUACUACAAGAACUUCAAUUGCAUUCAUGGGAACUUUAGUAAGAGAUGGUCAUGGUACAGGGCUUGUUGUUGCUACUGGGGCCAAGACUGAAUUCGGUGCAGUAUUUGAAAUGAUGUCUGAAAUUGAAAAACCAAAAACUCCUUUACAACAAGCUAUGGAUAAAUUAGGUAAAGAUUUAUCAGUUUUCAGUUUUGCCGUCAUUGGUGUCAUUUGUUUAAUCGGUAUACUUCAAGGUCGUUCAUGGUUAGAUAUGUUUCAAAUCUCUGUUUCAUUAGCCGUGGCUGCUAUUCCAGAAGGUUUACCCAUCAUUGUUACUGUAACUUUAGCCUUAGGAGUUUUAAGAAUGGCUCGUCAUAAAGCAAUCGUUAGAAGAUUACCAAGUGUUGAAACUUUAGGAAGUGUCAAUGUUAUUUGUUCUGAUAAAACUGGUACUUUAACUCAAAAUCAUAUGACUAUUACAAAAAUUUGGGCUACUGAUUUUAAAGGUAGUUUUAAUAGUCCAUUUUUAGUGGUUGAAAAAUUAGAUGAUAAUACUUUACAUCAUCAAUUAACUAAAAAUAUGCAUAAAAUUUUAGAAACGGGUAAUAUUUGUAAUAAUGCUAGAUAUUCAUCUGAAAAUGAAAAAUAUGUGGGUAACCCAAGUGAUAUUGCUAUUGUGGAAUGUUUACCUCAUUUUGGAUUAGAAGAUAUUAGAGGUACAAAACAAAGAGUUUAUGAAUUACCAUUUUCAUCUAAUAGAAAAUUCAUGGCCAUUUGUGCUCAUUCGGGUGAUUUAAGUAAAAGUGAAACCUUUGUUAAAGGUGCAGCUGAAAGAGUUUUGGAUAUUUGUAAUAGAUAUUUGGAUGAAAAUAGUGAACCAAAACCAUUAACUGAUGAAAAACGUAAAGAAAUUCUUCAAAAAACACAUGUUUUGGCUGAUGAUGGUUUAAGAGUUUUAGGAUUUGCCAGAAAUAAUAAAAAGUUUAUAUCUGAAAAAGAGGAUGAACUUCCUGACGAAUUAAUAUUUUGUGGUUUAGUAGGAAUGAAAGAUCCUCCAAGACCAAAUGUGGGUAAAUCAAUUGCUCUUUUAAUGAAAGGUGGAGUUCAUGUUAUUAUGAUUACUGGUGAUUCUCCAACCACUGCUAUAAAUAUUGCUAAACAAAUUGGUAUGCCAAUUAUAGGAGAAAAAUCAGUUAUGACAGGUGAUCAAAUUGAAAAUUUAAGUGAAGAAAGAUUAGCUGAAGCUAUUCAUAAUGUUUCAGUUUUCGCUAGAACUACUCCAGAACAUAAAGUUACUAUUGUUAAAGCUCUUCAAAGAAGAGGAGAUAUUGUAGCCAUGACAGGUGAUGGUGUUAAUGAUGCUCCUGCUUUAAAAUUAGCUGAUAUUGGUAUUGCCAUGGGUAAAAAUGGUACUGAUGUUGCCAAGGAAGCUGCUGAUAUGGUUUUAACUGAUGAUGAUUUUUCAACUAUUUUAAAUGCUAUUGAAGAAGGUAAAGGUAUAUUUUUUAAUAUUCAAAAUUUCAUUACAUUUCAAUUAUCAACUUCAAUUGCAGCAUUAACAUUAAUUGCAUUAGCUACAUUUUUUGGAUUACCAAAUCCAUUAAACGCCAUGCAAAUCUUGUGGAUUAAUAUUUUAAUGGAUGGGCCACCAGCUCAAUCAUUAGGAGUUGAACCAGUUGAUCAUGAAGUUAUGAAUAAACCACCAAGAAAACGUAAUGAUAAAAUUUUAACUGAACAAGUUAUUAAAAGAGUUUUACAAUCUGCUGCUAUGAUUAUUAUUGGAACUUUAUAUGUAUUCAUUAGAGAAAUGACAGAUAAUGAAAUUACUGCUAGAGAUACAACUAUGACAUUUACAUGUUUUGUUAUGUUUGAUAUGUUUAAUGCUUUAGCAUGUCGUCAUUAUUCAAAAUCAAUAUUUGAAAUUGGAUUAACUAAUCAAAUGUUUAAUUUUGCCGUGGUUGGAUCCUUAAUUGGUCAAUUCUGUGCUAUUUAUGUACCAUUUUUCCAAUCAAUUUUCCAAACUGAAGCAUUAUAUUUCAGUGAUAUUGUUCAUUUAUUCUUUUUAACAAGUACAGUUUUCAUUGGUGAUGAAAUUAGAAAAUAUUUGUUCAGAAGUAAGAAUGCAGCUAUGAAUCCAUUUAAUUUAAAUGUAUGA